CUCCCCUUCAUCUCACCUCCAACUACUCAGUGCUUCCUCUCCUUUCUGCUCUCUCCUUCUGUCUCUGUCUCUCUGUCUCUCUUUCUUCCUUUAUAAUUCUCUCUCUUCCUCUCUAUCUGUCCCUCACUCUCUCUCUCUCUCUCUCUCUCUCUCUCUCUCUCUGUCUCCUUCGUCAGUGUGCUCUGACUCCCAGUCACUCGGCUACUCUAUUCAAUCCUGUCCAGCUGCUGUACUCAAGCCAGGACCCACUGUCAACCCUCAAGACCAGCUGCAAAAAUGGCAAUGAGCAGCAUCCUGAACGCUGAUGACAUUAAGAAAGCCCUGGAUGCAUUCAAAGCUGCUGACUCAUUUGACCAUAAGAAGUUCUUCGAGAUGGUGGGGCUGAAGGCAAAAUCGGCCGAGGAUGUGAAGAAGGCAUUCCAUGUACUGGACGCUGAUAAUAGCGGCUUUAUCGAGGAAGAGGAGCUCAAAUUUGUGCUGAAGGGCUUUGCUACCAAUGGAAGAGAUCUGACUGAUAAAGAAACCAAAGCCUUCUUAAAGGCAGCUGAUAAAGACGGAGACGGCAAGAUUGGAGUGGAAGAGUUUGCGGCUCUUGUCCAUGAGUAAACAACACUGUCCAGCCCAUCACAUUGCCCUAAUGACUCCUGACACACACUCCCUGCACACACACUCACACACACACCUUGUACAUUUUCACCCACUUCCUACAAUCAUGCUAUUUAUUUAUUCCUUUUUUUAUACAAAUGUGUGUCAGUGUUAGUGUACAGGUGAAGAGGUGCAAGCCUUCAUCUUGGAAGUACAGUAUGUACAGUAGAUAACUUUAAGAGGAAUAGCCCAACUCCUUUAUCUGUAUUAUUCUGCAUUCCAUUUUCUUUCUCACUUUCCCUUCUCCCUUUAUCAGUUGAUCAAUUGCUCUUUCCUCCAAUCCUUGGCAUUGCUUUGCCCUUGCCCUGACCCUAUCUCUCCCUCUCUCCUUUCUGGUACAGAGCUGUUGUGAAAUACACCAAAUGAAGGAGGUCAAACUGUGAAAGAAAAAUAAUAAAACAAGACAAUAUGCCUCGA